AUGCAUGCAUAUAUGUACUUUGAAUUUUUACAUAAAUAUAAUAUUAUUUUAUGCUUAUUAUUUAACAUUGCUUUAAUCUUUCCUACAUUCUGUUUGCAUUUACAGAGUGACUGCAGCGAAGAGUUCAAGCGGCUUCUGAUUGCACUUGCAUCUCUAACAUUGACGUUAAUAAUAUGCAUCAUUAAUAAUAUGCAUAAUUAUAAUAUAUGUUCUGUUUGCAAUAAAUUUCCACAUUUACAAACAAUUUUUUAUUGUAGACUGUAAAACGAAAACACUAGUAUUUUUUUUUUCCAGAGUGACUGCACUGCUGAGUGGAAAAAACUUCUGAUCGCAAUGUUGAAUUAAAAAUAGCUUUAUUCAAUAAAAAUAUCUGAAAUAUCAUCUGAACAUUAUUGCAACAUGAAGCAGCAGAUUAUGCAUAUAUUUAUAACAUUAUGAAUUUAACAUUAUGAAUUUAAAAAAAAAAUUUUAAAAAUAAAUAACUAAUAUCAGAAAGUUUAGGAGUUUAAUGUGGCCUAAUUUUCAAUGGAUAUUAUAA